ACCUUUUUUUUCUGUGUACCGAAAAAAAGUUUAUUGCUGAGAGUCUGUUAGAAUUUAAAAAGAGGUUCAUGUUGUCACCGAAAAUAUUUAUAUAAGACAUUAGACCAUAGACAUCAUGAGUGAAGAGAAUAAUAACAACAGGUCUAAAAUUUAAAAUUUAUUUAAACCCAUGGGUGCUAUAUUACCGCUAAAAAUAUAUAUACUUUAAAUAAAAUUUUAUUAUCAUACAGAAAUCACGAAAAUAAAAACGACUAUUAACAUACAUCACAUACAUCAUUACUUAUCUUCCCUUUAUUCCCAUAAAUAUUUAGCCGUUUUAAGAAAAGUUAUUCUUACAAAAUAACAUUUUUCAGUGCAUUGACCUCAAGUGAUUAACCUGUUGGUUAAACAAUCUAUUGAUUUCAAAAAAUAAUAAAAAAUAUUUCAAAUUAAUUUUAUAUUUAGCUCAAUGUGUCAAUUCUGUAAAAGACAAGACAAUGUUCGGAAUGACGGUCACCCGAAACCGAUCCGAUUUCUUUGGGGUUUCAACAAAAACUCCAAAGGUAAUUAUAGAUAUCAAAUAACAUUAAUGGAUUCUUUGUUAGAGUAUCCAGGAAUAGUUACACCCUCGUUUUUACUAUAGGGGUGUUUCUUUCAUUAAAUUUCGUAUAUAAGCCGAUGUUAGUUAUUUCUUGGACGCAUAUCUGCUAAGUCGCUCUGAGAAUUCAAGACUUUUGCUCAGAAUGAAGAAAAUUAUUUUAGCAAUCUUAGUAGGAUUGACAGAAAAUGUCAUUGGACGGACAUAUAAUUCAGCGCAUUGGACAAACGUUAUUUUGGAUCCCGAUUCGAGUGACAGUAGUGAUUUGGUGAGUAACCGUGACAUUUUGUAUUCAUCUAAACGAAAUGGGGGUGUAGAGCAGCUCGAAGAGAUGCACAUCUCGCCGAGGGAAUUGUGCUCACUGGGCAACCCUUGGCAGUGGUUUUGUCCCUGUGAAACUGAUUACGGAAUCGUUGAUCUUGGUCUCGGGAAUUACCCUCAGUACCUCAAUACCGCCCAGUGUAUUCGAAAGCCGUGUCAUGGAAAAUUUAAUCCUUGUAAAAUAAUUCACUACAAGAUGCACAUUCUCAGCCAGAGGGAUCUGGAUGACGUAAACAGCGGGAACGAUGAGUCGUAUAUCGAGCAACCAAUUCUCCCAGAAUCUCUCCGCUCAAAAUGGCAAUUAAAGCCGAUAAAAGUACCAGUCGCUUGCGUCGCUUCAAACGAAGGAAGAACCAAUUAAACGAUCGAGUAUUAUGAUUUAUACAAUUCAAUGAUAUUAUACAAGUGAAAUGAUAUUAAAUUCGUAAAUAAAAAUAGUCAUAAAAAAAUAUUUAUUUAAAUCUGAUUACUAUGCAUACAAAUGGUAUUUUAUAUAUUUUAUUUUUCUGUGCAAAUAAAUUGUUGAAAAAUAGCCACUGUCAUACGAAA